AUGGCAGACCGAGCUCAAAGCAGAAUCAACGCCAUCGGCCAGCAGCUCAAGCCGUCGUCAACCACCCUCCCACCCAUCACCAAAGUUGCCGGCAAAUCCAACGGCCCCCGAGCACAGGACAAAGUCGUCAUCAUCACAGGAGCAAAUUCGGCCCUGGGCAUCGGUUGCGCAGCGGCCCACCAGUUCGCAGAAAACGGUGCCAAGGCAGUUUACAUUUGCGACUUUGCCGACACCAAUCUCGCCGCGCAUCAACAGGAGAUCGCGCGUCUGUAUCCGGGGGUGCACGUCCACGCCUGGCGGUUUGAUGCGGCCGACGAGGCCAGAGUCGAGGCCGUGGUGGACGACGCCCUCCAGCGAUACGGCCGGCUGGACGUCUUCUUUGCGAAUGCCGGCAUCACGGGCCUUCACGUCGCCUUCACCGAGUUCUCGGACUCUGAUUUCAUGGAGGUUCUCAGAACAAACACUCUAAGUGUCUUCUUGGCCGCGAAACAUGCUGCUCCUGCCAUGAUGAAAACAUCCCCAUCCAAGCCCACGUCAGGCGGCUCCAUCAUCGGGACGGCUUCCGUGGCCGGAAUCCGUGCCAAUGCCGGGUCGAUUCCCUACUCGGCCUCCAAGGCGGCUGUGGUAUCUCUUGCCCAGACUAUAGCCUACCAGCUCUCCGGGACGGGGGUCCGCGUGAACGCCAUCUGCCCUGGUCUUAUCGAGACGGGCAUGACGGCCCCCGUGUACCAGGCAAGAGGCAACCAAGGGAAGAUUGGGCAGCUGAACCCUACGAGAAGAGGCGGACACGCAGACGAGAUUGCGAGGGUGGCCCUGUUCUUGGGCACCGACGAGAGCAGCUACGUGAAUGGCCAGGCGUGGGCUGUCUGCGGCGGGCUGAGUGCUGGACAUCCUUUUGUUCCGGGAAAGCUCAGCUAA